UCUUUGAUUCCUGAAAAAGAAAAGAAAAAAAAAGAAAAGAAAAAGAAAAACCGAGUCGUCUCGUCUCCAUUGCGGCGGCGCGAGCUUUGGACUCGUCGUCUCCGUCCCGCGCGCGACGAGCGCGACCAGCGGCCGCCGGCGUCUGCUGCUUGCUCGCUUGCUUGCUUCCGCCCCGCCGGCGCCCUCGCUUCGCUGUCCGCUGUGUUCAGGAUUUUGGGAUAAGGCUAUUUGUUAUUUCUCAAAAGUGUAAAUGGGUUCAGAAGGACCUUCAGUUGUUACUGUACAUGUGACUGGAUUUAAGAAGUUUCAUGGGGUUGCUGAGAACCCAACUGAGAAAAUUGUGACCAAUCUUAAAUCAUUCGUGGAAAAGAAAGGAUUGCCAAAAAACCUUGUGCUUGGAAGCUGCACAGUUCUUGAAACUGCAGGGCAGGGGGCACUUGGCACAUUAUAUAAGGUUUUGGAAUCUUCCAUUGCGGAAAGGGAGAAUGGGUCAUCGGCUCAGGGGCAAGUAAUUUGGAUCCACUUUGGAGUCAAUAGUGGUGCAACAAGGUUUGCUCUUGAGAAUCAAGCUGUUAAUGAAGCCACCUUCCGUUGUCCAGAUGAGCUAGGGUGGAAACCUCAGAGGGCUCCCAUUGUGCCAUCUGAUGGAGGAAUCUCACGCACAAGAGAGACUACCCUUCCGGUAAAUGAGUUAACCAAGUCACUCCGGAAGACAGGCUAUGAUGUAAUGCCAUCAGACGAUGCUGGUCGGUUCGUAUGCAACUAUGUGUAUUAUCACUCUCUUCGGUUUGCAGAGCAACACGGCAUCAAAUCUCUGUUUGUACAUGUGCCCCUGUUCUUGACGAUCGAUGAGGAGGUCCAGAUGCAUUUUGUUGCUUCCCUUCUCGAAGCUCUAUCUUGAAUUAGGAAGAAAAAUACAAUUUAAGGUUGGAAGCGGACUGAAUAAAAUUGUAUUGUCAUCGAUGAUAUUGGUCUUGCUCCAACGGGUGUAUUUAAGGGGAAAUGGCUGCUUAGAGUGUGUUCUUGGUGAAAUUCCACUUGUAUGUAUGCCACUACAUAACAUGAUCUAAACAUGCAUGGGAACUUGGUUUUCAGAUGCUGCGGUUCCA